CCGGGAUCGCUGUGGAUUCGUCCCGUAUUGGCGUUGCUUUGGUAGUGCACGUAGCUUUUCUAUCAUAAAAGAACAGUUCUCCGCGAUCCAUACGCUAGCUGCAAGCGAUUCGGAUAUCCAAACAUGGCCUUCAAUCCCUACUUAUUCCUUUACAAUACAGCACUGGUUUUGGGAUGGGGAUAUUGCCUGUACCUGACUGUGGAAACCAUCUUUAUAAAGCAUGGAUCCACGGCUGACCUCUGGAAGGUGGUGGAGACACCUCUAAAAGUCUCUCAAACAGCGGCCGUCAUGGAGGUGGUGCACAGCGCCGUGGGGCUAGUCAGGUCGCCAGUAGCCAUCACAGGUAUGCAAGUGGCUUCCCGUCUGUGGAUUGUGUGGGGCAUCAUUAAUCUGGCACCGGGUGAAGCGACCCGCGGGUCGGUCAUGGUGGGACCCAAGUUGCCCCUUCCGGCUCCAGUGGGUGACUUCCAGCCUCAGCUGAGCCUGACGACCCUGCUUUUGGCCUGGUCGGUGACGGAGGUCAUCCGGUACGGCUUCUUCGCUGUCAAGGAAGUUCUCGGGUCGGUGCCGUACCCUGUGCUGUGGCUCCGUUACACGACCUUCAUUCCUCUGUACCCGCUUGGUGUCGCAAGCGAGCUGACUAUGGUCCGGCUGGCCUUGCCGGCCAUUCGGUCCUCGCGCGUGGGGUGUAUCGACAUGCCCAACAGCUUCAACUUCGGAUUCGAUUACUGGUUGUUCUGCUUGCUGGUGGUGGCGGGGUAUAUUCCAGGUCUUCCCCAGCUGUAUCUGUACAUGUUGGCACAGCGGAAAAAGGUGCUGAGUGGCGGUGCCGGCAGCAACGGCUCUGCGGCGGCGACGGCAGACAGAAAGAAAACGAAGCGCAGCUAA